AUGCUGGGCUUGUCGAAGGUGGACCUGGCCAACUUCGAGGACAUCUGUGACCGAGCUGACGACCUCAUCGAGAAGCAUCGAUUUCGUCAGGCCUACGAGCAGCUCUGCCAAGUCCGGCCGAAGUUUGGUCAAGGCGAGCCAGCCACCGCCGCGGCCAGCACCCUCCCUCCGAAGAAGCCGGCUGUGCAGCCAAAGGAGCAGGUUGAAGAGGAGUUGGGGAAGCAGAGUGAACCAAGGCCGAGACACCCAGCAGCCCAGCGGAUCCUGGCAACUCUUGCCUUCUGCAGCUUCCUGCCUAUUUUGACGUGUGAUGUGCUUCCGUCAGACCGCCCCCUCUGGACGCGGACGCGCAUCGUGAUCUUAGUCCACCCCAAGGAGAUCAAGAGAAAGUUGGGCACCCUGCCGCUCCUGAGGCUUUGCCUCCAGGACUUGGUGAUUAGGGAAGGCGAGCACUUUCCAGAGCCCAGCGAGGACCCAGAGCUUCACGAGCUCCUGGCAGAGGGGGGCCACCAGCCCAUGUUCUUGUGUCCUGGUCCAGACGCCAAAGAGCUCGCACCGGUGGAGACGUCUACCACGGAUCCGGUGGAGGAUGCGUCGGACCUGGACACGAAAGCCUCUCUGAUUUUCAUCGACGGGACCUGGCGACAGGCCAAGGGCAUGGUGAUGCGCUCCCCCUGGCUGCGCGAGCAUGUCCCUCGCGCUGUGAUCAGGCCCUCCGGCCACAGCGGCUACCGCUUCCGGAAGCAGCCCGAACAGGGCUGCCUGUCGACGGUCGAAGCAGUGGCCGAGGCGCUUUGGGCACUGGAAGGCCAUCGCGGGGCGGAGCUGAAAUCGCUGUUGCUGGCCCCUUUCCACCGAAUGGUGGAGUUGCAGUGCACCUUCAUCCGAGCACUGGAGGACAAGAAUGCCCCGGUGGAGCAAACUCGCCUUUUAUUUGAUCCAGAGGCUGCACUGAAGGCGCUGGGUGAAAGUCCUGCUACUGAGGCAUCCUCCGAUGGGGCGAAAGGGCAGUGGCAGAUCGCCCAGCCCAAGGCCCAGAUCCUCGGUGAGGUCAUCGUCAUGGAUGUGCUGCGGGGCAAUCGCAGCUCUGCUUGCACGGUGGAACAGCCUGGCAACAUCGGCGCAGGACCGUCCCCCAACAAAUCGGGAAACCAAGCUGGAGCUGCCCCUGCCAAAGGCAAGCGUGGACAAGAGAAGAGCGGAGCAGGGACCGGAGGAGGCAAGUACCUCUGCCGAGUGAAGGUGGGCAUCGAAGAGGACUACACUUUCCAGGUGUGCAGACGCAUCAUUGGCCCGGGUGGCGAGAACAUGAAGC